GAGUGACGUCACACACAGCGGCAGCAGCGGAAGCAGCGCGAGGUGUGUGUGUGUGUGUGUGUGUGUAUGUUGCAGAGUCCAGUCUAACAACGGUGGAUUAACACCAUGUGCGCGGAGUAACUGGACGGAUCGUCGAGUACCGGUAUAUCAGUGGAGUUUGCUCUUCUGAGGAGAAUAAAGGCGCGAACAUGGCCGAUGACGAGGCGUUGCGCGCGCUCAUGUUGGCGCUCAGUUACGUGCUGAUGAAGCGGCGGCGUGACGUCACCAGCGCGAACGCGCAGCGCAGGCACGAGGUUCAGCGGCGGGUCGCGCGCAGGCAGUAUUUCCACCAGAGACACAAGAGGAUGAUCAUGAUGCUGAUCGCUCAGACGUCGCGUCCCGUCGCGGAGCUGCCGGCGCGGCCCACGCGCGUGUGGAGCAACAUCGAGAGCACGGAUUGGUGGGAGCGUGUGGUGAUGAGGGAGUUCCAGCCGUCCGAUUGGCUGGAGAAGUUCCGCAUGACGAAAGAGACGUUCUUCCUGCUGUGCGGGAAACUGAAGCCGCGGCUAACCCGCCAGGACACGCGCCUGCGCCCGGCGCUGCCGCUGGAGAAGCGCGUAGCCGUAGCGCUGUGGCGUCUGGCGUCUAACGUGGAGUACCGCACCAUCAGCAGCCUGUUCGGCGUGGGCCGCUCCACCGUGUGCAAGUGCGUGCGCGACGUGUGCCACGCCAUCGUGCUAAUGCUACGCCCGCUGUACCUGCGCUCGCCCAGCGAGCAGGAGCUGGAGGACGCGGCUCGGCUGUUCGCUACGCGCUGGGGUUUCCCGCGGUGUGUCGGAGCCGUCGGUAGCCUCCACGUGCCCAUCAUCGCCCCGUCCAGCGACACGCAGCACUACUGGAACAGCCGCGGAUGGCUAUCGGUUGUCACGCAGGGCGCCGUCAAUGCUCUGGGCCAGUUCUGGGACGUGUGCGCAGGGUUCCCGGGCAGCACCGAACACUCGGAGAUCCUGCAGAACUCGACGCUGUGGGCGCGCGGCUGCGAGCGCGGGUUUCUCCCACCGCUGGACUUCAUGGGCCGCCCGCUAGGACACCUGAUGCUAGGCGACGCCGGGUUCCCGCUGAAGUGUUGGCUGAUGAAGAGCCACCCGGAGUCGCUCGAGCUCACGGCGGGGCAGCGCGCGUUUAACCGGCGGCUAGAGCGCGCGCGGGCCGUGGUGGACCUAGCGUUCCUGCGGCUCCGCGCGCGCUGGCAGUGCCUGCUGAAGCGUAACGACUGCCGCAUGGACGUGGUGCCCACGAUGAUCGAGGCGUGCUGCGUCCUGCACAACGUGUGCGAGCUCCACGGGGACGCGUUCGACGCGCGCUGGGAGGAGGCGGUGCGGAGCGAGGAGAGCCCGCAGCCCGCGGACGAGGUGUCUCCCGCUAGCGACGACCCCGACGCACAGGAAGUGCGCGAGCUGUUCUGCGAGUACUUCCUGCAGCAGGAGAACCAGCAGAGGACGCUCGACUGCUAGGAGGAGGAGUGGGAAACGUCACCGCGAGAGGCUUUAC